UCUGAGAGUGCAGAGGAGAGGCGCUGGAGAGGAGGACUCACACACGUCCACACACGCACUCUCCUAUUCACACGCACGCCCCAUGCACGCAGAAAGACGACGGAAGGUCACCGGCUUCUGAUUUGGACGUGUUCUUCUUACGCUGCGUCAGGUGCCAAAGUUUCCACGGAGCGCAUGAGGGCGAGCGGCGCGACUGUCUGCGGCCGGAGGGGAAUAAAGAAUUGAUCAGGAACUUGCUCCGUCUCAGUCUCGCCGCUGUUGGACUCUUAUCGCUGCACGAAGACUUGGAAGUUUGGAAAGGAGCAACGGACUCGAGUCAAGCCGAGCCAGGACGCGCUAAAGGGGGCACGAACUCUCCAGGUAUGGCGGCGGUGUUGCCCCGGACACUGGGGGAGCUGCAGCUCUACCGGAUCCUGCAGAGGGCCAACCUGCUGUACUACUACGAGGCGUUCAUCCAGCAGGGUGGCGACGACGUGCAGCAGCUGUGUGAGGCGGGUGAGGAGGAGUUCUUGGAGAUCAUGGCUCUCGUGGGCAUGGCCAGUAAACCUCUGCACGUGCGCCGGCUACAGAAGGCCCUGAGGGACUGGGUCACUAACCCCGCGGUGUUCAACCAGCCGCUCACCUCUCUGCCCGUGUGCAGUAUCCCCGUGUACAAGCUCCCGGAGGGCUCCCCCGGCCUGCUCCCCGCUCAAGACCGCCCCGGGAGCGCCAAGAUGCCCAAAGCCCUGCCCUGCGCCGACCCCGGGAAGCUGGAGGUCACCCGGGAGAAGGUGUCCGCCUCUCCCCUGCAGGGUGGCAGUGAGGCGCGCUUCUGGUCGGGCCACAGUAACGACAGUGAGCACAGCCUGUCCCCGUCCGACCUGGGCUCCCCGUCCUCGCCCAGGGAGGGGCUGGAGGCUCUGGACGCCGCUGCCGUGCAGUCAGUUCUGGAGUGUGUGGAGAGGAUGGCCCCAGGACUGCCCAAAAGUGACAUUAGCGAGGUCAAAGAGCAGCUCAAGACCAACAAGAAACUAGCCAAGAUGAUCGGACACAUCUUUGACAUGAACGAGGAAGACCCGCGCAGGGAGGAGGAGAUACGCAAGUACAGCGCCAUCUACGGGCGAUUCGACUCAAAGAGGAGGGAUGGGAAACACCUGACACUCCACGAGUUGACGGUGAACGAGGCGGCGGCCCAGCUCUGUAUGAGGGACAUGGCUCUGCUGACGCGCCGGGACGAGCUGUUUGGACUGGCCCGACAGAUCUCCAGAGAGGUCACCUACAAGUACACCUACCGCACCAGCAAAUCUCGAUGUGGGGACAGAGACGAACCGUCUCCGAAAAGAAUCAAAACAGAGGAAAACUUCUUCGACCUCCAGGAGGCUCUGCAGGCGAUCCACAUGAGGCAGGAGAUGCUGAGGGAGCAGUUGGCCUGUGCCAAGUCCAAAGGAGAGGAGACUGUGGGACGCAAUUUACAGAUGCAGCUGGAGCGUUUGCUCGCGCGGCAGAUGGAGAUUCUGCAGGACGCGGCGGUGCAGGAGAGACUGCAGGCUCUGGACUGGAGGAUCCCCCCCGCGGCCCUCAAGUACCUCACAGACCCCCCCGCCGCCCUCAAGUACCUGAGCGACCCCCACCACAGCAGCAGCAACGGGGCAGCGGCAGACCCCAUCAGGGAGCACCAGGAUGAGCGUCCCAUGAACCUGCGCGUGGUCAGUCAGAGCAUGGCCGAGGGGGAGCUGCCUCUGGGGAAGCAGCUCGCCAACGAACUCAAGCGCCACCACAACCACAACAACAACAACAACAACAACAACAGUACCAACAGUAACACCAACAGUAACAGUCACAGCACAGAGGAGGCCAAGGCUCCAGCAGCAGAAAACGGCACGACGCAGCGUGGACCGGGCCCCACCGAGAAAAAGACCAUCAAAUCAGAACCGGAAGACUCCACAUAGUGCCUCCCUGGCCCCACCCCCUCACACAUAAACCCCUCCCCUGAUCCUGUGCCCCGUCACCUCUGCCUUGCCCCCCGGUUCCUCCCUGGCCCGGUUCCUCCCUGACCCGGUUCCUCCCUGACCAUAUGCAGCUCUAGACCCUCAGUAGAUACUAAGCACAGCCACAGGAGAGCCUUAACAACCAGCGAUGCCUCAGAAAUAGCAUUUAUUUUUAUUUUCUUUAUGUCUUAUUUAAAUUUGCCAAAACGUGGAGCACUCGGAGGUGUGUGCGCGCCACCCGUCCCUGUCUGCUCACUGCAUGUUGUUAGUGCUGUUGACCAUAGUGUGUGUGUGUGUAUUAUAUCUACAGGUCUUUUUGUAACUGUUCAAAUCACAAAGCAAACGGCGAUGCAGGGGCUGAAUCAUAUUUCAUCAUAACAAAAUUACAUUAACAAUAUUAAAAGGAAUGACUAACUGCUAAUAUUAAUUGUUCUUGAACUUUUUGAAUCAUCAAGAAAGUACAUUGACUUCAUCCAUUAUUACACAUUUGAGACAAAAAUCCAACGACAAUUUGCUGACUGUCAAAUGUGAAUAAAAGGUAUAAUAAAUCAUUAUGUCAGGGUUCCCAGGGUCAUGGAAAUCCUGGAAAAGUGAUGGAAAUUGAAAAUGGCAUUUUCCAGGCCUGAAAAAGUCAUGGAAUUUUGCAAGUUUAAUGAAAGUUUUGGAAAAGUCAUGGAAUUUUUGUAUCUCUUUCACGCAACUACAGCUAAGUACAGUUAAGUUACAACAGUUAAGUUCUCAUGAGGCUUUUCUGAUUAUUUCUAAACAUCUGUGUCUUUUGUUUAAAAGAGACAACAAUAAAUGCACUGACAGGAUUUUGAAUGUUCAAAAACUAUAAUCAUACAUUUAACAUACAUACAAGUCUGAUCAAUUCAAUCAACUAAUGUCAGUGAAAAAGAGUGGGAACCCUGAUAAUAUCAUUUCAGAAAAAGUAACUGCAACACUUCUCAAAAUUUUGGAAAAUUAAGAGUAUGUGACAAAAAAUUAGGUUAAAUAUAAAAAAAAAAAUCUAUAUUGCAUAAUAAAAAUACUAGGGAUGUAACGAUAUCCAGAUUUCUCGAUACGAUAUUAUCACGAUACACAUGUCACAGUACGAUAUUUAAUGUGAUAUUUUGAAGAGACUGAUAUAAUUGUAGAUGGAACAUUUUUUGCUUUUAAAAUACAAGUAAUUCAAGUAAAAAACAUGUUUCUUCAUGUUGCCUGCACUGAAAUGAAUCAUGGGAUAUGUAGUUCCCAGUGUUCAUAAGCUGCUGCUACUAAAAAAAAACUGCAUUAAAGCAAAGAAACUUGUGAUUGGAUAUAUUGUGACAGCCCAUGAUAUUACUAUGAGACUUUUGACGAUACUGUAUCAUGAUAUUUGGUUAUUGUUACAUCCCUGAAAAAUACACUUUUUAUUAUGCAACACAUUUUAGUAAACAAAUACUCAAAAAUAACUUGAUGAUUCAAUAGACUUUUUGACCUACCAUUCCUGACCAUUCAGACUGAAGUGUGGACUCUAAAUUCAGUGUUGGGCAUAUGAUUUUUAAUAAGAAAUAUUAGAAUAAUUUAAAAUUUGAGAUAUGUUUCAGUCCCUGCAUCCAGUCUGCAUCUGAACCGUGUUAUGAUCCUGUUGUGUCUUGUAUUUUUACGGCGGUUUAUGUGAUGAUAAACCACUUUGACUGGAAAAAAGUGUUGAAACGGCAGACACGUUGAAAAUACUUGUGUAAAUAUCGUGCUAAAAUAGUGCUAGCCUAAUCUCUCCACAGUGUCAAUAGAUUAUGGUGUCAAUACAGUGUUUAAGUGUAGAGCAAAAACAUGAAUAAUAAUAAUAUGCGUAUGGAGUAAAAUGUCUUAACAAUAUUGCAUAAUUCUGACGUGAGAAUAGCCUUAGCUCCUGAAGCGUGGACUCAUGUGUAAAAAUGUGUUUUGGAUGUUUUAAUGUGCAUUCAUAUUUCUGUGUUCAUUCUGUGUAAAUUUGUCAAAAGUGUAUAAAAUGUAAAAUGUUUUCUUCAGGACAGCACUUCAGGGCCACACGGACAACGGACCCUACAAGAAUAACAAGAAUAACUUUUUUGUUCAAAUUUUUUGAAAUGACCAAAAUGAAUUUACAUGUAAUUCGAGUAAGAGUCUGAGCACAGUUCUAUGACGUCCUAUCAACUGAUUUAUGUAGAAUUUAAGCUUAAAUUUGGUCCCCCAGGACAGGGUAACCAAACUGACAAAACUAUAUUUUACUUACAGCGUAUCAGAAAUUUUAGACCAUAUGCCCUUCCUCACACAACCCAUUCUAUUUACUCAGGCUUAGAACACCUGACUUAAUGAUCUGGCAAUUGUUCAAAUACAGAUGUUUUUACAGCAAGAAAAAAACAAGGCUAUACCAGGUCUAAACUAGGUCUAAACCAGGACUAAACUAGGUCUAAACCAGGACUAAACCAGGACUAAACUAGGUCUAAACCAGGACUAAACCAGGACUAAACCAGGACUAAACCAGGACUAAACCAGGACUAAACCAGGUCUAAACCAGGACUAAACUAAGGACUUCAUCAAGUCUAAACCAGGACUAAAUUAAGAUUAAACCAGGACUACAUCAGAUCUAAUCCAGGACUAAAUAAGACAUCAGGUUGAAACCAGGUCUAAAACAGAACUAAACUAAGAUUAAAACUUUAUUUUUAAUGCCAUACUGUGGGACAUUCCAGGCAAAGCUUUAACAUGCUCUUUAAAGUGAUCUUUUAUUCUUGUAUGGUGUGUUUUGGUCGUGGCCCUUCCCUGUGACUCCUCUGUGGCCCUUUAGACAGUGCGUCAGUGUAAAGACCAAUGCAAUAUUUAUGUUCAUACUAACUCUGUGUGCGGUCCCAAACUUUCACUUUCACUUUUAGCACAACAGCACCGUGUAAGGCUGCACAGCGACGGCACAACAUCAUACUGGUGUGGGUAAACGUGCAGGAGCUGACCACAUGUUCUUGUCCAUUGUAAAGUGAUAGAUUAGGCUUUAUCUAGUUAUGCACCUGUUUUUUUAAACACUAAUAUAUUUUAUUUGUUAUACUGCACAUAAACAUUAAACUUUAUUUUUUGAACUGA